GUGCGCCAGGGCGCGGCGCAGCCACUCGGUGCGCUCGGAGGCGGAGCAGGGGCCACCCGAGCCUUAGCAGCCGGCGCUUUCUCGGCUGCCUGGAGACACAAAGGCUGCGGAUCUCGCCCAGGAGCCGGGCGAGGCGACUGGAGCAGCUCCGGCCCCCCGGUUCAGUCCCGCCGGGCCCCCCCUUGGAGAGCCAUGUCCUGCCUGGAUUACCUCGCUGCCGAGUGCCUGGUGUCCAUCUCCAGCGGGGCUCUGAUCCACCCCGCCGCCGCCUCCAGCGUCCCCAGCCCCGAUCCCGCUAGCAGCGAGGACCGGGAGGUGCGGGACACCCUCCGGGGCGCAGCCCCGGCGGCGGCCGGCUGCAGGGCGCGCCCCGGUUCGGCGCACUCGGAGAGCAGCAACUCGUCCUCAUCGGCCGGAGGGGGGGACCUGGAGAGCGGCUACACCACCCUGUCCGACGGGGGCGGCGGACCCCAGCGCGGCCCGCUGCCCGGCCACAGCCCCAGCCUGUCCUCCCCGGGCAAGCGGCACCGCUGCCCCUUCCAGGGCUGCUGCAAAGUUUAUGGCAAAUCGUCCCACCUGAAGGCGCAUCUGAGGACGCACACAGGUGAGAGGCCGUUCCCAUGCACCUGGCCCGACUGCUCCAAGAAGUUUGCGCGCUCGGACGAACUGGCCCGGCACUACCGCACCCACACCGGGGAGAAGAAGUUCGCCUGCCCGCUCUGCGAGAAACGCUUCAUGCGCAGCGACCACCUGACCAAGCAUGCCCGCCGCCACCCCACCUUCCACCCCUCCAUGGUCAAGCGGCAGGGCUGCCCCAGCGACUCAGCGCCCGGCAGCCUGGCGGGGAGCCCCGUCGCCAGCCCUGCCCCCAGCCCGGCCAAGUUCCUGUAGGGGCUGGCACUGCUCCGAGCGGGGACCAAGUGGCACGGACCCCAAAAGGUGCCACCUGGCCCAGGCCAGCCCGGGAAGCCGCCGAGAGUGCCCGGUGUCAAGGCUGCCCUUGGAUCUGUGGGGCGAGCGAACCGUCCGCUCCUCCCUGACGGGGCCCGGCUCGCGGGGUCCUUCCGCUCUGUGUUCUGGGUGUCUUUGAGCAACAGCCUCUCCCCACCUGGCUUCGUGAUGACGUCCAGCAUCCCCCAUCCCCGGCCUGCGUGGCACAGCGGUCGGGCGUCCAGACCCUCAGGCCGUGCUGCUCCCCCUGGGCGGCUGUGGAAGGAGCUGGGCGGGGGGAAGGCUACGACCUCGCCCUGGCUGCCCCUCUCCUGGGCAGACUCCCGCAUGGUAGUGGGAGGUGGCGCCUCUCCGGGAACCCCCAGCUACCACGAUGCCAGACUCUGCCGGCUCGGCUCGGGCGGGGCUGUUUCGCCCUGGAGAUGCUGAGGGCCAAUCAAGGCCCCUUGCCGCCUCUCUGGUUUACCCUCCUGGUGCUGGUGCAGUGACAGUUCCCCAGCAGGGGGCACCCUAGGGAUGGUUCCAACCUGCACCCUGGGGACCCCUUCACGAAGGCAGCUUAAACCAGGCCAGUUCUGCCUCCCGUCCCCAGAGGCCGUGGCUGCUUCGCUCUUGGGACAGACGGCUGCUCAGGGAGGAGAUGGCCGGUGGCUGAAGUCCCCUGCGUCUCCCACUUCCCCUCCCCUCUCCUGGACACCAAGACCUGCUCCCCUGAAAUUCUCCCCUCUGCCUCCAAGGGAAGCCCAACAUAUAUGUGUAUAUAUAUAUAUGUAUUCCUCUCCCCCUCCCCCAGAGGGGAGUUCUGAAUAUUUAUUUAUACAGACUGACGUGCCUCCGGCUGCAACCUUCUGAGGUCUCUGCAAGCCGUGAGUAUCUGGCCAGUGGACACAGACUGACUGCGGUGUCGGGGGGGAUGUACCUUUCGAGUGACUCUCCGUCCAGCCCCUGCCAUGGAACAGGGCUGGGCUUUUUAGGCAGGAAUCUAUUUAUGGACAAGAUCGGUUUUUAUAGCUGUGGAAUCGGGGUGGAGGGGUAUAAAGAGGGGGGUGACAGGCACCCCAGCCAGCCUCUCUGAAGCGGGUGCGGAUUGAGUUUUUGUCUACGCAGCAUAUUGCUGCUGGAACCUGGCUGUGUGCAGCUGUUUUAUAGCAAGCUUGGCCUGCAUUUCGGUUCUUGGUGAUUUGGGGGCUGCUGUGGAUUUUCCUGAAAACUUGUAAUUUAAUUUUUUUUUCCAGAGAGUGCUCAGCACUUUAAAGACACGGGGGGUCCCUUUGAGGUGGGUCAGGUGGUGCACCCAAAAAAUCACUAGUCACUGCUGGAAAUAUAGGGCCAAGUGCCUUCAGUCCAUCGCGAGCAGGCCUGUCCCAGAACUGCACUAGGUCGAGUGCAUGGAUCAGGGUGGACUAGUUUAUUGGUACAGCAGUGGUUACGUAGCAGCCUUUCUCGGCCAAGUGGGACGCCCCAUUUGAUUCUGCUGCAACUAGAUGCACUGAAGUCACUAAGGGUGUGUCUACACUUAACCUGCUGCAGCUGCGCUGCUGGAGCACUUGGGUGUCGACCCCACCUAGGCCGGGGUUCUCCCGUUGGCGUGGGCAAUCCACCUUCCUGAGAGGUGGUAGCUGGGUCGACGAACGAAUUCUUCCAUCACCCUAGCGCUGUCUGCACCAGGGGUUUGGUCAGCUGAACUACGCCGCUCAGGGGAGUGGAUUUUUCACGCCCAUCAGAGACGUAGCUGUGCUGGUGUAAGGCCCCAGUGUAGACCCAGCCCUGAGAUAAGUCAGGGCUGCAGGGUGGGGUGGAGUAAUGCCCCUGGUGGAGUCAGCUGCAGGGAUUGAACCUGGGACCUCUGGCUCUAAGAGCAGUGAGUUUGUCACCUGAGCUAAGAGCCCAGCUCCGUUAGUUCUGUCGCAGUAGCGGACUCUGGGGUCUGACCACUAGAGGGGGACCAGGCGCUACCCCCGCGUUGGCGUGGGUGAUGCUGAUUUUAUAGACGCGGGUGUUCUGCUCGCGGUGGGGAUAGGCCUGGUCUCUUGUGUGCAGCGCCGUGCCGCUGGCCAGAAGGCUGAACAUCGGCUUUCCCCACGGCGCCUGAGCCCAGGCCGAUUGGCCUCGGGGGAACGAGUUUGUUGGCAGUUCCCGGGGUCCCGCUGCCUGUGUAACACAGCCAUCGGCGUGCCUGGCCCGGCUCUCCCCUCCUGCGUUGGACCAAGGAGGGAACUGGCCCCACCAACGCCCACGCCGCACCUGUUACGGGGAUAGGCUGCCCCACACCCAGGCCUCUCUCAAUCCAGGCGCGCAACCCCCCGCCCCCCAGUGCUUUCCCUGGGCUCUCUGGAGAGAACCUCGUCCCCUGGAACGCUUCAGAGACGUGUCUGGGAUGGGUCUGCUGAGAGUCCCUCAAGCUUGGCAUGGCUGGGAGUUGGCCUCCUUUGCCCCCGCUCCGUAUUCCGCGUGGCCCCUGGGUCCCAGCUCUGCGGGAUCAGUCUCGGUCGGACUGUCUCAAAUGGCCCAGGUCGUUGGACUGUCUCGAAGGAGCCGGCAGCUUGCUGGGAUUGGGGCCCGAUCUGGCAGCAGCCGGGAUUCCGGCGUCGGCGCUUGAGGACUGUGCGGAGCUCCUCUGGUUGGACCUUGUCUCCCGCCUCCUGAACUGGGGCACGAGAGAGCUCAGAGCUGCCAGGGAGAGACGCCAGCCCAGCUGGAGGACCCCGGUGCCGGGCGCGGCGGCUCGCCAGAGGCCACCUUGGGUAGAAUACACUGAAACGUGCUGUAUUAGCCAGCGUGUCCCUUCUCACGUCAGUGUCGUGCAAUGGGGCUCAGCGUCCUUUCCUGCCUGUGCCUGUCAGGCUGGACUUUGCAGCUGUCAAACUGCCCGUCUCUCUCCUGCUUGCACGGCUGAAGCUCGAGGGAGACCUGUUUCCAGCGAGAACUGUUGAAGGAGCCCAACCUUUCCCAUCAGCUGGUUCAUGCAAAGGUGUCGCUGGGUGACUAUUCUCUGGGGCAGUCCCAGGGCCCUUGGG